AUGGCUCCUGUACGUCGCUAUCUGCGAAUAUCCAAAUAUUCCGUCCUGGAAUGUCGCAUCUACCUCGACAACCCUUCCUUGGUGCAGUCGUGGCUGCUGAACCCGCGCAACCCCAUACUCCCGCGGGUCAUCGAGAGCGUGCGGCCGUGGGUGCUUCCCAAGCUGCGCGAGGAGCAGGAGAGGGCGGCCAGGAAGAAGACGUCUAGCAAGGCGAAGAGCAUAAAGGACACGGUCAUCACAGAUGACUUUGAAGUGUCCAUCUUCCUAACCGAGACCAACACGCGACACUCGAUCCUGGCCAAGCAUAAGCACUUUCACGACAAAGCGCCUCGGCGCAUCCAGUCAAACGCAAAUAAACUGACUGGCGAGACCGACGAUCAUCCCGUCGAUGUGGACGCCUCGGUCUCGGCAACGGCAACGACAGCAAUACGGCAAGAGAGCGACGGAGAGGACGACAUUCGCUUGGCGAACAUACCGGAAACCACCGCGGGGCGUGGAGCCAAGCGUCGCAGAAAUAGUGCUUCUGCAGCUGCAGCCGGCGACGACGACGCCUCGGCGGUCGACUUGGCAGCAGCAUCCGACACCGAUACGGGGUCGUCUUCGCCCCCGCCGAAACGUCGCAGAGACAGGGGCCGGGCAGACGCGCCACCCGGUCGAGGAGAGGGCGACGACAACGACGACGACGACGACGAGAAGAAGAAUAUGGCCAUGGACGUCUCGUACGAGGGGUUCGCCAUCUACGGGCGCGUCUUGUGUCUGGUUGUACGCAGGAGGGACGGCGGCCGCGGCAGCACCGGUCAGAGGACUGCCGGCGGUGGUGGGAGAGCUGCCGCUGCACGCUCCAAUGCUGGACAGGCAAGCAUGGAAAACUGGAUCGCGUCGACGCAGAUGCCUGUGGGGGAGGCAGUGCCGUGA